AUGCAGAACAAAAUUCUGAUAGCAGGAUUAGGAAAUCUGCCAUAUCCAACAACAUAUCACUCAAUCGGACAAUUAUUUCUUAUAGAGUAUGCUCGCAAACACAAUCUACUUUGGCAGAAGAAGGGCGCUAUAUCAUCCGCACAAAUAGACGAUAGAGUUCACAUUUGUUAUAGUCAUCAUCUCAUGAAUGUUAGUGGUAAGAGUAUAUCUAGUUAUUACUCCCAAAUACGCGCUGAGAAGUUGCUUGUCCUGCAUGAUGAUUUGCAGCGAGACUGGAUGAAAAUAUCCUUCAAAGCAGCUGGAUCUGCUAAUGGACAUAAUGGACUGAAAUCAAUAGCAAAGCACAUGGGGACAGAUUUCGACAGAUUGCGAAUAGGUAUUGGUCGACCAGAAGACAAAAGCAAAGUACCCGAUUACGUGCUAUCUAAGAUGAACACUAGUCAGCUCGACGAACUAAGAAAUGGCAGUCUAUACGAUAAGAUAUCCCAACAAUUAGACGAAUAUAUAAGAAUAAAUUAG